AGGAAACAGUGGCCCUGGCUGGCGGCGCAGGGUUGAGUUUAUUCGGGCGCGACGGGCUUUACUGCAGGUCCUUUUGAGCUGGUGGAGGCGACAGGGGAAACGGGGCCGAGCACCUGGCGCUGCUGGGGCCGUGGCUUUCGGGAGUCCCCUUACUCGAGGCCGUGAUCCCCCUUGUCCCGCUCCCGGUUCUCUGUGGCUGCCGGCCCGUUCCCGGAAGCCGUGGCGGCUGAUAACAAAGAGCCUGUCCGGCUGCCUGCUCUCCGGGCUGAGGGCCCGAGGGCUCAGGUGGCGCGGCUAGGGGUGCGCGCGGGGCGAGCCAUGAGUCCGGGUGCGCGGCGGUGACGGGCGCGGCCGGCGGCCGAGGCGCUGGUGGGGGCCGCGAGGCCGGCGCCUCCCUCCUCGCCGUCCGCGAGGCUCCUGAGACUGGUACUUCUGGCCUCCCGGCCUCUCCGCCCGGGCAGGCGGCUUCACGACCGUCCCCCGGCGCCCCCUGGCCCUCGGCCGCAGCAAACGGCGCUCAGCCCUGGCCGCCAAGCUUUUGGAUUUCUCUGCGGGACUCGGAGGAUCGAGCUCUAACCCAGGCUGCCCUAAAGCUUUGUGGAAAGAAGCUAGGGAAACCUGGCGGGAGUGAUUUUUGUUUUUAAUAAAGUUUUUCUAAGUCUCCGUUUUUAGAAAUUUUUGCAGAGUUUACAGUGCUCUCUACCUCUUUACGUCCUUUCUCCUGCUCGUGGAGUCUUUUCCCUCCUCAGCUAUAAACGUUUUUAUUGUCAGCGGGGAAGACCAGGGAUGAACCUUUUGUGAUUGAACGUGUAACUGUUAAACCUACGUCGAGAUAGUAGUCAAGAUGGACAAAAAGUCCUUUGAAACGGUGCUGGAUGAAAUCAGAAAGGCUGUUUUGACAGAAUACAAAUUAAAAGCAAUUGAAUAUGUGCAUGGAUACUUCUCUAGUGAACAGGUGGUUGAUUUACUGAGAUAUUUUUCCUGGGCUGAGCCUCAGUUGAAGGCAAUGAAAGCAUUACAACAUAAAAUGGUGGCUGUGCACCCAGCAGAAGUGGUCAAUAUACUCAACUGUUUCACCUUCAGUAAAGACAAAUUAGUUGCUCUUGAACUGUUAGCUUCAAACAUUGUUGAUGCACAGAAUUCUCGUCCUAUUGAAGAUUUAUUUAGGAUAAAUAUGUCUGAGAAGAAACGAUGCAAGAGAGUACUUGAACAGGCUUUCAAGGGGGGCUGCAAAGCUCCUCAUGCUAUGAUAUCUUCUUGUGGAACUAUCCCAGGAAAUCCAUAUCCCAAAGGAAAACCUAGUCGCAUAAAUGGAAUAUUCCCAGGAACCCCUUUGAAAAAAGAUGGUGAAGAAUGUACCAAUGAAGGCAAAGGAAUAGCUGCACGGAUUCUGGGACCAUCCAAACCACCUCCUUCAACAUAUAAUCCACAUAAACCUGUUCCUUACCCAAUACCUCCAUGCCGACCACAUGCAACUAUUGCACCAAGUGCUUAUAAUAAUGCAGGUCUGGUACCAUUAGCCAAUGUCAUAGCUCCAGGCGUGCCCCCUCCACCUCCAUAUACUCCUAAUCCCACAGCAACAGAGAAUGAAGACCUGUCCAAUCAAUCAAAACCUGCACAGAGUCAAACAUUUUCCACCCUAGCAAGUCAACUCUUUUCUCCUCAUGGUUCUAAUCCUUCAACACCUGCUGCAACUCCUAUCCAUAUUGCAUCCCCGGUCAAGGCAGUAAAUCACCCAUCAGCAUCAGCAGCUGCCACCAUUUCUGGAAUUAACCUGCCACAUACUGUCCUUCCCGUGUUCCCAGGGCAGGUCUCCUCAGCCAUUCACACACCUCAGCCAUCAACCCCAAACCCAACAGUUAUCAGAACCCCUUCAUUGCCUGCUGCGCCUGCUACUUCCAUCCACAGUACAACAUCCCCUCUUGUCCCUUCUAUUUUUUCUGGCCUAGUGCCACUGCCAGGUCUUCCUGCUACUCCUACCCCAGGCCCUCAGGCCACAUCUGCACCUCGGGCCACUCUUACUUCUAGUGAAUCAUUUGCUUCUACUUCUGCUCCUUUCACAAGCCUCCCCUUUUCCGCCAACUCUACUGCUGCUUCUACCAACAACCAAAAUUCUGCUUCAUUGUCAUCAGGUUUUGCAGGUCUUUCUUUGCCCUUGCCACCAACGUCCCAAGGCGUAGCCAAUCCGACUCCUUCUAUAAUUGCCAGUGGUUCUGCUCCCAGUGUUGCUGGUCCACUUGGUGUAAACAGUCCUCUCUUGUCUGCAUUAAAAGGCUUUCUGACAUCAAACGACACCAAUUUAAUCAACUCCUCUGCUUUAUCUUCUGCUGUUACUAGUGGGCUGGCUUCAUUAUCUUCUCUAACUAAUCAAAACUCUGAUUCUCCUGCUUCAGCCCCUAACAAGUGCUAUGCGCCAUCGGCCAUUCCUACCCCACAGAGUUCUUCCACUCCUGGCUUGGCUGUGUUCCCAGGCCUUCCCUCUCCUGUGACUAACUCAACUUCCGCCCCCGCCACCUUGCCUGUGCAGUCUCCUUUAGCCACCCCUACGGCAUCAUCAACAUCAGUGCCAGUGAGCUGUGGCUCCUCGGCUGCCCUUUUGCAUGCCUCCCACCCAGGUACCUCAGACCUGCACAUUUCAGCUACCCCUGCUGUAACGACUCUUCCUGUUAUGAUCAAAACUGAGCCCACGAGUCCUACUCCCUCGGCCUUCAAAGGCCCAUCUCAUUCCGUGAAUCCCUCCCAUGGCAGUUUAGGUUUGUCGGGGACAUUGGGUUGUGCAUAUACUUCAGCAUCAGUGCCCAUCAGUUUAUCUACUUGCCUUAACCCUGCGUUGUCAGGUCUCUCCAGUUUGAGUACUCCCUUAAAUGGUUCCAAUCCCCUUUCCUCCAUUUCCCUCCCACCACACGCUUCCUCCACUCCUAUUGCUCCAGUAUUCACUGCUCUUCCUCCUUUUACUUCUUUGACCAAUAAUUUUCCUUUAACUGGCAACCCAUCUCUUAAUCCGCCAGUAUCUCUUCCAGGGUCAUUGAUAGCCACUUCAUCAACCACCGCCACCUCCACCUCUGUGUCUCAUCCCAGCUCUACGGCAGCUGUUCUCUCAGGGCUCUCUGCCUCAGCACCAGUCUCGGCAGCACCCUUCCCCCUCAACUUGUCUACUGCUGUCCCCUCACUUUUCUCAGUUACCCAAGGACCUCUGCCAUCUUCAAAUCCCUCCUACCCUGGCUUUUCUGUCUCCAAUACCCCAAGCGUCACCCCUGCUCUCCCUUCGUUCCCGGGGCUGCAGGCGCCCACUACAGUCGCAGCUGUCACACCACUACCUGUGGCUGCCACAGCCCCAUCCCCGGCCCCUGUCCUCCCAGGAUUCGCCUCCGCAUUCAGUUCCAAUUUCAACUCUGCUCUCGUUGCACAAGCUGGGUUAUCAUCUGGACUUCAAGCUGCAGGCAGUUCUGUUUUUCCAGGUCUUUUGUCCCUCCCAGCUAUCCCUGGGUUUUCCCAGAACCCUUCACAGUCAUCCUUGCAAGAGUUACAGCAUAACGCAGCUACACAGUCAGCACUGUUACAGCAGGUCCAUUCAGCGUCAGCCCUGGAAAGCUAUCCAGCUCAGCCUGAUGGGUUUCCUACUUACCCUUCAGCACCAGGAACACCAUUUUCUUUGCAACCAGGCCUGUCCCAAAGCGGGUGGCAGUGAAUAUAUUUUAACCUUUAUUCUCCUUCAGAGCAACAUCAGAAUUGCUGAGGACUCCAGUAAACAAUCUGACAAAUGUGAAGUUGGCCAAAAGUCAGAAAAUGAGAGUAAGGAUAAUCCUGGGGACAUUGUGGCAAGAGUUUGGAAAUCAUGGUUGCAUUUUUUAAAUGGCACUCCCCCAUGUAAAUAUGCUGACAAUAAAUUGUAUGGAGACUAGUACUUGAAAAGCAUUUGGGAACUUUUCAUCUCCUAUCCUACAAAAUUUUGAAUCGUGUAUGUGAUCUAUGUAGAAAGAAUAUUAAAGAGGAAAUUGAACUCUUUAUAGCCGAAUACAGCCUUAAAUCUGCUUGUAUAGCAUCCAUUGACAGAAGUAAUAGUUGUGCCUCAGACUUAGGGGUUGCAUGUGGCCCUGGGGGAGUUACUACCCUUGUUACGCAUGAGUGGUUCCUACUGGCAGUACUUCUUAUGUAUCUACAAAAGGGACCUUGAGACCCACAGUUAUUUUUAAUUUCUGAUACUAACAAUCAUGCAUCCUGCUGAAUUUAACUCAAUAUAUUUCAGGUAAGUGAAAAUGGUGCUUAAGAUAGUCUUUAGAAUGACUUUCAGGUGUUUUCGACUAAAAAUAUAUAUCCAGAACUACUUUCUUACAGAAAUGCAAGUAAGGUUUAUGAUAAUUUGCCUUCAAAAUAUUUUUCCUAAUCUCAGCGGUAUCCAAAUGAGUGAGGGAACACUUGACUGACUCUCGGGCCACCUCUAUUACUCAUUCUACUCUGGAAGCUCUUGGUGAAUGUUUACAAUCAUGGGAUGUAGUAUUUCUAUUUGUACUUAAAGUCAAAUGCUUACCUGAAAUAAUUAUGUGACAAUAAAUAGAGAAGACUCGUUCUUGUAGUAAACAUGCAGUGUGUACUCUAUUUAAGGAUCUGUGGUAGUAUAAUAUGAUCGAAUGUCAUUAAUGUAAGAAUAAUAACUGCCACACUUGGGGGAUAGGGGAGUAGGGACAAUGGAUUCCAAUCCUGUGAUUAAAAGGGUAAACUAGAAUCUACUGUAGUACAUUUCAGCAUCUAGAAGUUUUACUUUUAUAAAGAUGGUGUCUGGAAGAUGUUGCUAAUGUAUUUUCCUUCAAAAUAGGGAACAAACUUUUUAAGUAUAUUAUUAAUAAAUAUUCCUGUAUGGUUAGUUUUUAACAGUUUUUUAAAAUAAACUUUAUGGAUAUGACAA